AUGUUCAUGGAAGCUAACCAAACCAAAAGAAUAUUAGAGGAAGCAAAUGACCAGGUCGUGGUCGAUCGUCAACAUCGUCGCAUGACGCCGCAUUUGAUGGAUACGAAUGCACGACUCACAAGUUCCAUGACAAAUAUUGGCUCGAGUGUCUUGGCUGAUCCGACAGCAUCAGAAAGCCUUACAAAUUCUGUCAUCAUGCCGUGGGCCAGUGCAUCUAUAAAAAAUGAUAUCGUGCGCAUCAUAGCCCAGUGGCUGGCUGAUGAGGGAUUUGGCGCUACACGACAGGCUCUACUAGAAGAGGCAAGUCUAAAAGUGCGAGGACAUGAUGAUGAAGUCAACGAAAGGCAUAAACUACGUACUUUCCUUCUCGAAGGCAAUUGGACGGAGGUUGAGAAGUUGUCUUCCAAACCGUUUCUCAAAAGUCACAAGCCAUUUCUGUAUGCGAUUUUUCGGCAACAGUUUCUUGAGUUUAUCGAAAAUCGCGAAUUCCAAAAAGCAUUCACAUUUCUAAUGAAACGGCUAAAGCCGCUCGAGCACUACCAGCCACACGCGGCGGAGUUUGGUGAUCUUUGCUACUUGCUCUCUGCUAAAAGUGUCACAGACGCACCGUCUUUCCGCAUGUGGGAGGGAAUCCAGCCUGGUCGAGAAGCACUAGUCGCUGACUUCGCAUCGUUCCUUGAGCCGGGUCGCCUUGAUCGGGAACAGCUGCUUCCUGAAGAAAGUGAUCCUGUUACUACGCCUCCCAACAAUGUGUUUGUUCCGCCCCACAGGUUGCUGACGCUCUUGCACCAAGCCAUGGCAUAUCAGGUGGAAUUUGCUCGUUACCAAAAGCGCACAGUACCUGUUGUAUCGACACUUCUGCACGAUUACUCCGGUUUCGUUGUACCGAACCGAUGCCGCAUGACACUGCGCGGGCAUACGCAGAAUGUCAAAUGCGUAAGAUUCGUUGGCGAUGACGGCGGAAAGAUUGUAAGUGGAUCGAGCGAUUGUACUGUGCGGCUGUGGGACACGGCAACAGGCAUAUGUGAUGCAGUUCUAGAAGGGCAUGGGAGCCGAAUUUGGGAUGUUGACGCUUCUCGUAACGGAGCAUGGGUUAGCAGUGCCAGCAGUGAUGCAACGGUGCGUCUCUGGAAUGUGGAAUCGAAGCUAUCGCAUCUCACUCUUCGAUGUGGCUUUGGAGAUGUCUACUGCUGUCGCUUCAGCCCUGAUGAGGGGCACAUUGUGACAGGAGGCUAUGAUAAACUCGUUCGCUUGUUUGACUUGGCGAGUGGCUCAGCCAUCCGAAUGUUUCCAGGUCAUGAGCUAGGUGUCUCUUCGGCCGUUUUCAGCCCACAAGGUAGCUUGAUUGCGACAGGAGCAAAAGACACGAGCGUGCGCUUCUGGGACACUCUUAGCGGCGUAUGUGUCCGUACGCUACCAGGGCAUCUCGGUGAGGUCACCUCGGUCGAGAUGAGCGACGAUGGUCGGCAGCUACUGACGUCGUCAAAAGAUAAUUCACAUCGACUGUGGGAUAUGCGCAUGCUCCGUCCGCUGCAGAGAUUCAAAGGACACCAAAAUACCUCAAAGAACUUUAUUCGGUGUGCCUUUGCGCAUCCUAGUCUGAUUGUGAGUGGCUCAGAAGACGGGCUAGUAUGCAUGUGGGGCCAAGAGUCACCUCUAACCUUGCAAACACUCGAAGGCCAUGGUAUCGAGUCAACAACACGAGCCGAUGGCAGUACGACUGUACCCUUUGCCGCGUCAGAAUCGGUGUUUGCACAAUCCCAUCAUGGCCGCAAGCAGGUCGUGGUGUACAGUGCAGUUUGGAACAAAGUGCAAGGUCUGCUUGCGAGUUGUGCGGACGACGGCACGGUCCGCUUGUGGGACUGGACCCCGCCACACGAAACACAUGCGUAG